AUGGGUGAGAAUUUUGAUGUGGAUCUCUCCAAGAAUCUCCUGGAGAUGAAAUUUAUGAAAAAAACCAAAGAACAAGUACUAAAAAAACGAGACGAUGCCGAGGGUCAAGCCAUGUACUCCAAGCAGAUCAGUGAUAAGAUGCGGAAAAGUGAUGGUGAUAUAAUAUUCCGACAGGCUAGCAUUUCCAACUGCAAAAACUUGGUAGAAGGAAGACUGUCUUUUGGAGGUAUGAACCGUGUAGUUGAAAAAUUGAUGGAAAGCGACUACAAUAAAAAGUACUUUGAUGCAGAGAAACGCAAAGAAAAGGAUGUAUCUGAUGAACAAAUGGCCAAAGAAUACUCUACAGUAGUUGACACUCUUAACAAAAAGUUUAGACCCAAAAAACAGAGGAACCAGAAAUUUCAAAAACCUUCAACCACAGAACCACUUGUAUGA